CGUAGCGGAGUGGUGGUAUUUUGGAAAUGGCGUGGCGCCAGUCUCUUGCCACUAAUCGACAGUCGGUUAGUAAUUUUCGAGUGGUCACCACGUUGAGUUUGUGUUGCAAUUUAUAGGAAGUACUUAAAAUUUUAAAAUCAUGCAAGACGAUCAACAAUUUAACAUAAAAUUUGUAGGCCUUGUAGAGGCUCAUCCAUGUCUUUAUGACAGUACACUGGAUGAGUAUCGCAUGAGUCAUUUGCAAGAGCGAGCCUGGACAGAAAUUGUUAAGAACAUUGGAGAAGGAGCUACUAUCGCAGAAUGCAAAAAUAGAUGGAAGAAUCUACGAGGAAGCUACACCAAACAUUUGAAGAAAUGUGUAGCAUCUGAAUCUGGCGUAUCAGUACCACGACCCUACUAUCUAGCAGAAUAUAUAGGGUUCAUUUUACCCUUCACAAAGACACGCCAAGCUAAACCAAACAGUGCUGUACCGAGCAAUACAGAAAGCUGCUCAAGCAAUACAUUUAAUGAACAAUUUUAUACUCAAGAAAUUUUAACCGAUGAGUCUUCACAUAAAUCUGGAGAAGGGGAAGAAGAAGAGAGAGAAGAAGUCAGCCAGUAUGAUGAGCCAGAAAUAAUUUUAUCGAACCCACAACUUGUCUUGGAAAAAGACUAUUUUCUAGAAGAUCUUGAAAAAAGGACUCUUUCAAAAUCAUCAGUGAUUACUGAAAGCAAACUUAAAAAACUUAAAACUGCUCACGUAACAUUAGAAGAUGUUAAUAAGGUUGUAUUGGACUAUUUCGAGGAGAAUAAAAAGAAGCAAUCAACUAAUAGACCAUUUGAUUCAGCGAACGAUGAUGCAGAUGUUCAAUUUUUGUUGAGUUUAUUGCCAGACUUGAAAAAAAUGACGGACAGACAGAAACGCAAAUACAAAGUCGGAGUUCUAAAUCUUGCCGGUCAAAUCUUGGACGAAUCUGAAAUAGCCAAUACUGCAGUGAAUCAAUUUUGACCAACAUAGAGCAGCUACUCGUCGACACAUGUUCACGGUAUACCAUCUAGCCGGCGGCCCUCACAUCAUGCAACCUCUUAUGUCCACUGCUGGACAUAGGUCUCUCCCAUUUUCUCCACUCUCCACGGUUCUUUGCGUCUUGUUGUCAUUUCUUGGAUAUUCGUUUAAUGUCGUCCAUCCAGCGUGUUGGUGGUCGUCCUCGGCUGCGUUUGUCCUCUCUUGGGCGCCAGUCAAUUAGUUGUCUGGUCCAUCCAGUCCGAGUCUUUUAGUCUCGUUAAGUGACCUACCCAAUUCCAUUUCAGCUUGUCUAUACUCUAUACGUUCGACGACAUCAGUGAUACCUGUUCUUUUCCAUAGGUCUUGGUUCCUUAUUUUGUCUUUUUUUGUCACGCCGAGAAUCGGUCUUUCCGUGCGCCUUUGUACCGCAUUUUUAGUGCUGUUGUUUUUGUGAGCGUGAGAGUUUCUGCUCCGUAUGUCAUAAUAGGAAGAAAACAUUGGUCAAAUGUCUUCCGGUUCAUAGCUAUCGAGAUGCGUGAUCGGGAUGUUGCUCUUAAAAUAAAGAUGUCUCUUAGUGAACCAUGCGCGCCGCCCAAGCAAGUUUUAUUCGUCGUUGAAAUUCACAGGUCUGAUUAUCCUUGUUUAUUCAGAUUUCAUGACCGAGGUUUAAUGUACUUUUCUGUCAAUUCUACCACUUGAUUUUGGAUGCAUGUACCAACUAAUUAUAUUACACCUGUAUCUCAGGCAGGCUGCUCAUUUACGAUAAAACUAUCCAGACGUUUCGUUUCAUCAUCAUACAACCUCUUCUGUCCACUGCUGGACAUAGGUCUCUCCCAUUCUUCGCCACUCUUCACGGUUAUGUGCUUCUUGUUGCCAUUUCUUGGAUAUUCGGUUAAUGUCGUCCAUCCAGCGUGUUGGUGGUCGUCCUCUGCUGCGUUUUCUUCUCUUGGGCGCCAGUCAAUUAGUUUUCUGGUCCAUCUUGAGUCUUUCAGUCGCGCUAUGUGACCUGCCCAAUUCCAUUUCAGCUUGGCUAUACGUUCAACGACAUCAGUGAUUCCUGCAAGGAAAAGAACAGGACGUUUCGUUUACGACAGGGUAUUUAGCACCAUCACCAGUAGAAAAAGAAACCGUAAUAAUAAAUAUUCAGGAUACUUACCAAAUAAUUUUUAAAAUAAUAAAUUGUUUCUAUCUAUUUGAUUAAUAAAUACUCGUAUGCUAAUUAA